UAAAUUAUGAAAAAGCAACCACAAAGCUUAGUGAUUAUAAUUAAAUUUUGAUUGAUGUGCAAAUAAGUGUUAUUUAUCAAUUACAUUUAAUACAUUUUGUAAAAACAGUCGUCAAGAUAAUAACAAAUAAUAAAUUACUUUUCGGAUGCUUCAGGAAACAAAUUUUUAAACAUUCAUUUGAUUCGCACCGAUGAAAACAAUGGAAAUGCACAGCGGAGAGCAUACGAGGUGGUUUCAUCCAGCAAUGUAUAUGUACCCGGAAAGUCAAACAUCUGUCCUACCCAACGAACUUUCACCCAGUUAUAAUAAUGAUGGUAAUGAAAGUUAUUACCACAGUGGGCCUCAUAACGACGUAGGAAGAAACUUUUCUGGUCAUGUUUCCUAUCAUUCACUUUGUCAUCCUCCUUCGCCUUUACCUCAUUCUCCGUUAAACAACUCAGAAGCAAAUCCUAAUGUAUCUUCGCGACUCUAUAUACCAAACGCAUGCACAAACAGUAGAAGCUCGCAUUUAUUUCAAACCACUAACACUUAUGGAAAUCCAUCUCCUUCUAUAUGGCAACACAUGAACACUAUAGGACCAGGAUCAACUUAUAGCUCCACACUUCCACAGUUUUCAAAUCCGCAUAACAAUAUCAUGAAACAAGAACAUAUCAAAGAUCAUUUAGCACCACAUCUUGAAAUUUCUUCACACUAUAGUUCUGACGAUAUGAAAUUAAAAUUGGGUCAGCCUUUGCCUAACUAUUCCCCCUAUCCGCCUCAACUAUAUUCUCAUGUAUCACAACCUGAUUUUGGAUCCAACGGAAUGUCAUUUGAUAUGUUACCAGGAUUUCCAAGAUGCAGAACAGGAAGCCGAUCUAACUCCGGAGAUUUUGAAGGAAGAGAAUGCAUGAAUUGUGGUGCUACAUCAACACCUUUGUGGCGUCGUGAUACUAGAGGACACUAUCUUUGCAAUGCGUGUGGACUUUACCAUAAAAUGAACGGUGCUAAUCGACCAUUAAUUAAACCAAAGAGGAGAUUGUCACAAGCUCGUCGUACUGGUAUUGUCUGUUCAAAUUGCAAAACAUCACAAACAACUUUAUGGAGAAGGAAUGGAAGUGGUGAACCAGUAUGUAACGCAUGUGGAUUAUAUUACAAGUUACAUAAAGUUAACCGACCACUCACUAUGAAAAAAGAUGGCAUUCAAACAAGAAAUCGAAAGUCAACCGGAAAGAAUAAAAAGUUAAAAAAAGAAAGCUCUAUUAUGAAUGAAUCAAUUCAACAUUUAGGGUAUCAACCAUUACACUCACAAAGUUUAUUAACUGAGAACAUAUACAGUGGUCAGACACACCUUGGAAAUACCGAACUUAGAACGGUUUGCUAAUAUAAUUUAAAACAUUUAUACCAUAUAAAUUAUUGAUUUCUUUCUUCUUGAUUAAUAGACUCUAAUAAUGUCUACAAAUAAUUUUAGCAAUUUAACUUUUUAAAGUUUGUAAAAAUUAAAGAGCUAAUAAUCAAGACGUCUGUAUAUAUGUGUAACCAUAGGCGCAAAUACGUUUGUAUAUAUGUUUAUGUAAGCAGUCGCCUAAAUAGGUGUACUUGCUUAUGUUAAGAAAUAGACUAUAAAUUUUUUUAAUUGAUAUUGUAUAUAUAUAUAAUCAAAAAUAUAUUUAUUUCAAAUUUGA